GUGACGCAAGUUACGUAGUCGUUCACAUUAGCAAGCGUUAUCAUUGUUAGCAGCAGACCAUGUAUUACCGAAUCAGAUAGUUAUUCCAGUGUGCUCACUUGUAACUUAUUGGUGUCGGUAUUUACACAUCUACAGUGUGGACGAAAAUGACUGAUGUCACAGAGUCCCUGACCAAAGAGGGCUGGUACCUCAGUGAUGAAGGCAUAGCAGAACUGAAAGGAUCUGCUGAGAAAAUAACUCACAAUGACAUUAUUCGUAUUGCACUUAAUAGUGACCUCAGGCCUAUUGGGAGGAAAUUUCUACCACCAGACAUCAAUAGUGGAAGAAUUGAGAAGUUGGAAGGUCCAUGUGUUCUUCAGGUGCAGAAGGUGAGGAAUGUCUCGGCUCCUAAAGACCACGAGGAGUCCCAGGGCGCGCCGCGAAUGCUGCGUCUGCAAAUGACAGAUGGGCACACCACCUGUGUUGGAUUGGAGUUUAAACACCUGUCUAAAAUCAGUCUUAAUACCCCCCCUGGAACAAAGGUAAAGCUCCUUGGUGCAGUCCAGGUUAAAAAUGGUCUUUUGCUGCUCGAUGACUCAAAAAUCUCUGUCCUUGGAGGAGAGGUUGAUCACAUGGUGGAGAAAUGGGAACUACAAAGGAGUCUGGCCAAACACAGCAGGAGUAACAUCGGAGCAGAAGGUGGACCCCCUCCCUUUGUGCCGUUUGGUCAGAGGUGUGAGAGGAAGGAGGACCCGGACACCAGAGACCUGGAUCAGAGGAAGACCCUGCAGUCUCAAAGUGUAGCUAAAAGUCCUGACGAGAAUGAUGAGUUUGAAAAGCAACGGACAGCAGCGAUUGCUGAAGUGGCCAAGACUAAAGAGGGUCCACGAACAUUUGGUGGUGGAGGAAACGCGGGCAAUAAUUUAUCCACUGCGGCUUCCUCUUUCCGAGGCCGAGACUCAUACCAGCAGAGGAGACGAGAGGAGCGCUUUGAAAGACCUGAAAGCAAACAAGAUGGAAACUAUCGAGAGCUGGUGGAUGAACGUGCUCUGAGAGACAUCAUGGAGAUGGGCUUCAACAGGGAGGAUGCUCGGCUGGCACUAAUGGAUAAUAACAACAACCUCGAAGUGGCACUAAACAGCCUACUGACAGGAACGUCUGGGACCAGAUCUAGCCCAGUGGUAGAUGAACCUAUCAGGCCCCAACCCAGAGCCAGAGGAAGGGGAAGAGGCAGGUCUAGAAAUGAAGAUGAAGAGGAGGGAGCAGGGGGAAGGCCAUCUGGUCCAAGCACUCUUUUUGACUUUCUUGAAUCCAAAAUGGGAGUUUUCUCCAUUGAUGAAUCAAAGAGCCAGGCACCUCAGAGACAGUAUGAUGGUAGAGCAAGUUUCUCCAACUCAGACUAUUACUCCAAAGACACAUCUCAGAACAAGUUCUCCUCGCAUAAUGAACACCGGCAACAAAGGAAUGACAGACCGCCUCGCUUCCACAGGGACUUUGAUUUUCCAAAACCCGGACAGGAGCCUAUCUCUAGUACAACCUCGCAAACAUCGACUCAAGCCCAGCAGUGGAAGGGCCAGGAGAGAUGGUCACGAGGCACAUCAGACAGAUCGCAAAACGGCAGGAGGGAGAUGAGAGAUGAGAAAACGUUUCCUUCCUAUUUCACGACUACUUGCCCACCUCCAAAAGAACCUCAGCAGCAGAUGGAUUUUAGUGGAUCUUCCCAGCAACGAUCCAGGAAUGGAGAUGGUAGUGGCGGUGGGAACAUGUCUGGACCGCCUAGAGGGAGAGGGGUGAGAGACAACGCACCCACAUCUAAACUGCCUGAAUCUGCAGCCAGCGAGCCAGAGGGAAGGGGAAAUAAUAAACGUACAGACAGAACGGAAGAACAAAACAACAACAGGAGGAAGGGCAAGACUGAGCGGCCAAAGUCAGACCACCUUGACCGACAGAGGGACAGUGGGCCGCCAAACCUUAAUCUGAGGGGAGGAAGCUCAGGGUCGUCCCAAGAAGUGGGCUUGAAGCAGGAUUGUCCAAUCGCGACCGGGGAUCCUUCUCCUUUCCAAAAUGGAGAUAUGGAACACAAAAGAACUGGGCCAAUAAAGCCAAUAAAUUCAUUGUGCCCCCCCGACAGGGAGCCGCCUCCCAAGAAAAACAUUGCUAAUAACCCAGGACCGAACAAAAAAAGGCAAGGACAGGGCAAAGGUCAAUGUCCUCGCGGAUCAGAGAAAAGUCAUUUUGUGGAUCAAGCUUGGAAAGCUGGAGACCAGUGCCUGGCUCUGUACUGGGAGGAUGGCAAGUUCUAUCAUGCCAGAAUAGAUGCUGUGCAUCCAUCAGGCUCCACGGCUGUGGUUGUGUUUAGUGAUUAUGGAAACUGGGAAGAGAUCCUGCUGCAUAACAUCAAACCUCUUCCUGCUGAUGCAUUGUAACAUCACAACCAUAUCAAAUGUCCAAUGGCAGGAGGAAGAUGAUGGUUACUACGACAGUUCACUCGAAUAUCGCCCAGGGGGAGACGGACAGCCUCGCCGCACAAGACCCACUCAGCAGUAUUACCAGCCACCUAGGGCACGAGAUUGAUGUGUCUGCGUUUACACUGGCAGGUAAAUGAAAAGGAAAUAGUGGUUCUUUUCCAUUAAUAAUAAAACAUUGUGUGUACAAUGUGUGAAUGAGUUCCUAUUUUUGAAAGGAGACUUUUUAUUCAUAAUAUUUCCUUCAUUUUGGUGGGAGUCUUGAAUUAUAAAAUACAUGUGAAAGUUUGGACUGUAGGAAAGUAAUUUGAAGGCAUCACUGUAACCUUGCCUGUUGCAUAAUUACCUGUAUAUAAUGUAUAAAAUGAUUGCCAACAAUAAUUAAACACACCCUCCUGCUCUUAUGUAGAAAUUGAUUUAUACAAUUGUAUAACUUCAACGUUCCCUGCUUCUGUUGUUACUUCUCAUUCUGUACAAACUGUUUCACAAUGUCUGCAGCAGUUGCGAACCCAAAAUUAUCCCGAAAAGCAAACAUGAUUCAUUUUGAUAAAAGUCUUUUCCCUCACUCGUUUGUGUGCUUGUUCCACGACACAGACCAAGUCACUUUCAAAACAAUCCAGAGAGCUUCCUUCACUUUUUAAUUGUCCACCUCCACAGGGCAUACUGCAUUUUUCAAAGGGCUUAGACAAAAUGCAAAAAGAAAACUGACAUGGGCACCUGUUGAUUUUGUUAGACAUAUCUUCUGUAUAUUUUGUGAAGACUUGUGAAAUGGAUGCAUAUAAAUAAACAAUUAUUAUAGUAUGUA